GCUGUCCGAAGUCAAGCGUCGAUGAGUCAUUUCCGGACCUUGUUGAAGCCCUCGCGGCCAUGGCUAGCCGCUGCCGUGGUACCCGCUGCAUUGGGAGCCUCGUAUUUGUCCCAGCAGGAGCCCACGCGCUGCAAGGGCGCCAUCCCUACGUCCGAGUUCUUGUAUCAGCCCCUGUCCGAAGAUAAGGCCCCCAAGAGCAGCAUCGAGUUCGACACCAAGGCACCGCUACCUAAGCGCAUGGAAGCGCUCAUCAUGCGCGUGCAGGACGAAAUCUGUGCGGGUAUUGAGGCCGUGGACGGCAAAAAGUUCCGUGAGGACAAAUGGGAACGUGAAGGACAUGGCGGAGGCGGUCGCAGUCGCAUCCUGCAAGAUGGCAACGUCUUUGAGAAAGCUGGCGUGGGUGUAUCCAUCAUCCACGGCAAGCUGCCACCUGCCGCUGUGAAGCAGAUGACGGCUAGAGGCAAAGACCUCAAGGAGGGCGCCGAGUUGCCAUUCUACGCUUGUGGAGUGAGUCUCGUGAUGCAUCCGCACAACCCCAUGGCCCCUACGAUCCACCUCAAUUACCGGUAUUUCGAGGUAGAAACCGGCUACCUUGAUAAGGAUGGUAACCCCAAGAAGAUUGGCUGGUUCGGCGGUGGUGCCGACUUGACUCCCAGUUACCUCUUCGAAGAGGAUGCUCGUCACUUCCACGCUGUGUACAAGACGCAGCUGGAUAAGCGUGACUCCGCUAUUUACCCUAAGUGGAAGAAAGCGUGUGAUGAGUACUUCUACAUCCCCCACCGUCAGGAAGGCCGUGGUAUCGGCGGUUUCUUUUUCGAUGACCUCAUGGACAGUUCCGAAGAGAACUUCCAGAUGAUCCGCAGCUGCGCCAACUCCAUGUUGGACGCCUAUGUGCCGAUCCUGAAGAAGCGCAAGGACAUGCCAUUCACUAAGCAGCAGAAGGAGUGGCAGCAGAUGCGUCGUGGUCGUUAUGUUGAGUUCAACAUCAUGUACGACCGCGGCACUAAAUUCGGACUCCUGACCCCUGGUUCGCGUGUGGAAUCGAUCCUCAUGUCGUUGCCGCUGACGGCUCGUUGGGAGUACAUGCACAAGCCUGCCGCUGGCUCGUGGGAGGAGAAGACUCUCAAGGUGUUGAAGAACCCAGUGGACUGGCUCAAUGUGCCUGCCGUCGACCUAGAGACGCUCUCGACGGGCGAGCUGCUCAAGGAGCUUGCGAGAAGGAGCGAAUAAGUUGGUAUGGGCAACGAAAAAAACAAAAAGCGCUCGAUUCAGAUCUGCAUGUACGAAAAUACAAAGCCCAAAAUUCGAAAGUUA